UAUGGCAGCAUCAUCCCCUUUUAUUUACGCGCGUUGUAGUUACUCUCCACUAAUUACUUCUUUUUCUCAACCUUCUUCCUCAUCCUCCCCCUGUUGCUCUUCUUCAUCCACCCCUAACUCCAUUUGCACCCCCCUUUCUGAUUUCCAUGUCUAAAUUUAUGAUGGCUGUGUUACAUUCUUUUCGAGAACUGUAAAGUUGUUGUCACGUGACUGAAAAGUCACUUGUUGAAGUCUUGAAAACAGCCUCAUGCGUAAAAAAACAAGAUUAGACUGCGUGCAAUACACCAAAAUGGUGGGACCUUUUCCCGGACCUUGUGUAUGCCGAAGCUUUAGUGCAGUGGGUUGCCCUUUUGGGUGCAAACAAAGUAGAAAGACACAUAAGCCUUAGAGCUGAAGCUAUGAGUACUACCACUCAGGGAAAGUCUCCUGCUAGAACCACUGGGAAUCUGAAGAAUGAUCCUGAUCAUCUACUUGUUCUUGUCCAUGGUAUCUGGUCUAGCCCAGGUGACUGGAGUUAUGCGGAGGAAGAGUUAAAAAUGAACCUUGGGAAAAGCUUUUUAAUUCAUGCAAGUUCAUCAAAUGCUUACACUAAGACAUUUACUGGGAUUGAUGAAGCUGGGAAGCGAUUAGCUGAUGAAGUCAUGCAAGUUGUAAAGAAGAAUCAGAGCCUGAAGCGAAUAUCCUUUCUGGCCCAUUCUCUUGGAGGCUUAUUUGCUAGAUAUGCAAUUGCUGUUCUUUAUUCACCUGAUACCUAUAAUAGUGGCCAACCUGAUGAUCCAGUAAACUGCGAGAUGGAAAACUCACAGAAAACAGACUUUUCAAGAGGGAUGAUUGCUGGACUGGAACCAAUGAAUUUUAUUACUUUAGCAACUCCGCAUCUUGGCGUAAGAGGGAAAAAUCAACUUCCAUUUCUAUUCGGUGUUCCGAUCCUAGAAAAGCUUGUUGCGCCUGUAGCUCCAUUGUUUAUUGGUCGGACUGGUAGUCAGCUAUUCCUUACUGAUGAUAAACCCAACAAACCAUCCCUUCUUUUGAGAAUGGCUUCUGACUGUGAAGAUGGAAAAUUCAUAUCUGCACUUGGAGCAUUUAGAAGUCGUGUUGUUUAUGCUAAUGUAUCAUAUGAUCAUAUGGUUGGGUGGCGCACGUCUUCAAUAAGGAGGGAAAUCGAACUUGGUAAGCCUCCACGCCAAUCUUUGGAUGGAUACAAGCAUGUUGUUGAUGUGAAUUACUGUCCCCCAGUUCCUUCCGAUGGACCUCAAUUUCCUCCGGAGGCAGUGAAAGCAAAGGAAACUGCACAGCAUACACAGAAUAGUGUAGAAUUUCAUGAAAUUAUGGAAGAGGAAAUGAUACAGGGAUUACAAAGAUUGGGAUGGAUCAAAGUUGAUGUCAACUUUCACUCAGCAGUGUGGCCUCUCUUUGCCCACAGUAACAUCCAUGUGAAAAAGAAAUGGCUUCAUAAUGCUGGUGUAGGAGUAGUUGCUCAUGUUGUUGACAGCUUAAGACAGCAAGAAACAUCCUCAAUUUUACCAACAUCAUAAAAAAAAUGUUGUGAUAAGAAACAGGCCCACGUUCGUAAACCUUUACUGGUUUAUACACUUAGGAAAAUUGAAUAAGGGAAAGGAAGUUAGUUACAAGAGAUAAAAAACAGAUCUGAUAGUAUAUACAAUGUCAGGAGAAGAGUGUAAGAUAUCUUUGGAAAAAUCAAUUGUUAGUUUGGGUCGAGAAUGCGUUUCUCUAACUAGGGGGUUGACACCCACUAUUUUCUGUGUAAAUUCACGUGCAUAAAUCAAUACAAUCAUACUCCCCAUUUGAUACAUCAAUACAAACAUACUUAUCAUUUCAUUCA